GCAGUUGAUGUGCCAGCUGCGUAGUUGAAGGCACCGAGCAGACAGUAGAAGGCGAGCAGCCAGGACCUGCUUCCAUUUUUCCUGACAUUUGGCUUUUGAGCAAAGGGGCCCAAGCCGGGAAAAAGUAGGAUGGGGGCCGGAGCUAGCGCUGAGGAGAAACGCUCCAGAGAGCUGGAGAAGAAGCUGAAGGAGGAUGCCGACAAGGAUGCGAGAACUGUCAAGCUGCUGCUGCUAGGUGCUGGAGAAUCAGGCAAAAGCACCAUUGUCAAACAGAUGAAAAUUAUCCACAAAGAUGGUUACUCGCUUGAAGAGUGCUUGGAGUUCAUUACCAUCAUCUACAGCAACACCCUGCAAUCCAUCAUGGCCAUUGUGAAGGCCAUGAACACACUCAAUAUUAAUUAUGGCCACUCUGAUCAGCAGGAUGAUGCCAGGAAACUCAUGCAUCUUGCAGACACCAUUGAGGAGGGCACCAUGCCCAAAGAAAUGUCAGACAUCAUCUUGCGUCUGUGGAAGGAUUCCGGCAUCCAGGCAUGCUUUGACAGGGCCUCAGAGUACCAGCUCAACGACUCUGCUGGAUACUACCUGAAUGACUUGGAGCGACUGAUCCAACCAGGCUAUGUGCCCACUGAGCAGGAUGUGCUGCGAUCAAGAGUGAAGACCACUGGUAUCAUUGAGACCCAGUUCUCCUUCAAAGAUCUCAAUUUCAGAAUGUUUGAUGUGGGUGGUCAGAGGUCAGAGAGGAAGAAGUGGAUUCACUGUUUCGAAGGUGUGACUUGUAUCAUCUUCAUUGCUGCUUUGAGCGCCUAUGACAUGGUGCUGGUGGAGGAUGACGAAGUGAACCGAAUGCACGAGAGUCUGCACUUGUUCAACAGUAUCUGUAACCACCGCUACUUUGCAGCCACUUCCAUCGUACUCUUUCUCAACAAGAAAGAUGUGUUCAUUGAGAAGAUCAAGAAAGCUCAUCUCAGCAUGUGCUUCCCUGAAUACGAUGGCCCCAAUACUUACGAGGAUGCUGGCAACUACAUCAAAGUCCAGUUCCUGGACCUGAACCUGCGCAGAGACAUCAAAGAAAUCUACUCUCACAUGACCUGUGCCACAGACACAGAGAACGUCAAGUUUGUGUUUGAUGCCGUAACCGACAUUAUCAUCAAAGAAAACCUGAAAGAUUGUGGUCUCUUCUAAAGACCCACAGGGUGCUGUCAGCCCCAUCACAUUCCACUAAUCCCUCCUCAAUGUAAACUGAGGACUAAAGAUGGAAAUUGUCCCCUCAAAGAACUACCUUCGAACCAGCGAAUUAAAAAAAAUAAAUAAAAACCAAUUUGUUGUGUUCUAAACUAACCUGUAGCUUUGACCAAAGACUUCUUGUCAGAGACUUGAAGACAGCUCUUAAGUCAGAAAAUCCUGUUCAGAUUUCAGAUGAGUUGAAUUUUUAGUCAAGCUAACUUCUCUUGAGUCUCUUGAACUCAUCUUUGGAGGGCCAUGCAAUCUGUAGUUAGGACAUCAAAAGCUUUUGUCAGCAUAAACUGAUUUCUUCUCACAUUUAUUAAUGUGAAUAGAUGUCCAGCUAAUGCUCCAGUAAGCGUUCAGUACACAGCCAAAGAGAAAAGAAGACAUCCUCACCACCUGCAUACGCACUUCAGCCUCUGUUAGACUUUAAAAUGAAUUGGUCACUAGAAAUGGCUUUUUAUGUACAGACACAAUAGAAAAGUUUAUAACACAAUUUACGAAGGUCACAAGUUGAAUGUUUGAGGGAAGUGUUAGAAUAUGUAAGUUUCUGCAGUAGUAGAAAGGGCCAGUGUAUAUAAAUAAACAGAUUUCUAUUGGAGAAUUGAUGUAUGGUGAUACCAUGUUGAUCUGUAAUAUUGUUGAGUGGUAGAUGUAUUUUUGAAUUGAAAAACCAAAGCAAACUAUCCUGUACAGAAACCACAGAAAUUAAUG